UCGUAUUCGUCGAAUGCAAAUGGUUGUCGUUCAAAAUGCUAUUUACUCGGCAAAAUGGUUUCUCAGCCCACUGCCGUUACGAACGCGAUUCUACGACCGUUCUUGAGUGUUGGUGUAGUUAUGGAACACAACAUUUAUCUGUGUUGGACUCGUAUUCGUAUAUUUCGGGAUAAUACGCGCAGCACAUUUCUAUGCGUUCAUCUUAUGUCAAAUAAUUACGAGUGAUGUUUCCGAAAUCAAUGAGUGCUUUAAAAUAUGUAGCCGACCGAUUAAUAAGUCUCGCACGAGAUAUAUGAAAGAGUUUUUUGUUGUGAUUCUAACCUUGUCGAUUUGACAGCUCGCGAAAUGGAUUCGGAUUCGGGUUCUACAAACUCCACGACAAGCUCCAGUAGUUCCGAAGGGGGCUCAAUACCCGACGAGGAACGCUUGGAGCCAGCUUUAAUACUAGGGGCUACUGUAGAACUCCCGCAAGACCUGUGCGAAAACCCUGCAAUCUUCAAAGAGUUCUUCUCAAUGUCAACUUGGAACUGCCUGUCAGAAGCCAAAAAGCAACACCUCCGCAACUUCUUACCCAGCUUUCCUGACAACGACCAAGAAGAAAAAGAAAUCAGCCUCAACAAACUCUUUGCUCGAGAAACCUUCAAAUUCACAUCACCUCUCCUCGACUUCCAGAGAAACCUGCACGAAGGCAACUACAGACCCGACAUAGCCAAAAUGAGAGACAUCCUCAGAAAGACAAGGCGGAAAGAACAACGUUUCGAGGAAAAACAAAGAUGCAGCCAGAUUUUAAAAGAAGUUAUUUUACAACGACAGAAGUUACUAGAAGUUGCUUAUAACACACCGCCAGGUGUACCUCUGAAAGUGGAACGGUCACCUUAUAAUCCACCAAAGCCUGCAUCUAAUCCGACAGCUUUGAGAGCUAAGAAGAGGUAUUUUCAGGAAUUAUCUAAUGUUGUGGCUGAAGUGGGCACGCCUGGACAUAUUUCGGAUGAUGAGAACUAUCCAGAAGGCCCUACACCACAGUUGUCGAGGAAACAGAGGAGGCAUCUUAGUGGAAUGCAGGGUGGUGCAACAAGUCCUGGUGCUGAAGAAAGAGUUUAUAGUACAAUGUGCACACGAGAUGGUUCUCUCGAUCAUCUGGUUGGACCAGGAGGAUCUGCUCCUCUGACGGAAGAAUCGUAUAAAUUAAUUUUAACCACACAUAAAAGGAGGAGGAUGGAACAACAUGAUCACCCAGAACUAGACGUCACCGGUAUCACCCUAUACGAUGUAAGUGCUCGAACGAAAGCGGCAGGUGGCCACCGAAGGCCCAUACAAGCCUUCAAUCCCCACAGUCACGAUUUGAAACUCAAAAAAUCCAUAAAAGCCCUCAAAGCAGAAUUGAAAAACAGUCAAUUGUCUAAAAAUAUACACGAACCACACGAAAUUCGAAGUGCGCCGGUGUCACAGACUCAAAACCGCGGUUCGUUCCAUCAAAGUUACAGUACAAAUUCGGAAAGUGAAAACGAUUCCGUUUUGGAUCCCGUUGAAUCUCCCGUAGUUAAUAAGAAACCAAUGAAAACCCCAGUGAAAAGAACAUUGAAUAGUAGAAAUAGUAAACUUAAACAAAUUAACCCAGUGCCGACUGUUAGUAGUAGUAGUAUAUCACCGCCUGAAGGUGAGAACAUCACGAUUUCUCAUAGUAUAGAUCAGUUUAUGUCCCCGAUUGCGGCGGAGCCUAUAAAUUUAAACGAAAGUCCUUUUUCGAUCCGAGGUACUGCAGCUACCUUAUCAGACUUGGAGGGUAUCGACAUGAUGCAUUUACCGGUAGAUUUGGACGACUCCAAUAUAGAUAUUUUAAGCGAGAUCACCGAAAAAACACCGGAACUUAUGCAAGAAACGCAUGUUUGUUUCUUGUCCCUAAUACGAGACAUCAUAUGCUCCACGGCGGAUCACAGAAUAUCUUUAUCGGAUUUAGAAAAACAUUUAAUCAUGUGGCAAGAAAACCCUAUAAGUCCCUUGAACGAUUGGUACAGCCUUCUUGAUAAUUGGAGUACCGUCUUGACGUCCGUUGUACAAUUUUUGACUGGUGAAUUCGCUGAUCAACCUGACGACUUUGUGCCGUAUUUAGAGUACAAAACGAACUUGCAAAUGUACCAGUGGAUAGGAGCUGGUAGGGAUAGUGAUAAUUUGUUAGCGCCUUUGUGCCAAUACUGGUUGGACCAUCGGAACAGCAUGGUGCCGCCGCCGCAAAAUAAUCAAACCAACGAUGCUGACGCUGCGGUUAAUGAGAGACCCCAAACACCACCUCCGCCUAAGUGUCCGACAACCUGGAAAGUCCGGAAAAGUACUCCUGAAGAGAUGGCAGAGUUCCAAAGACAAGAACGUUUGCGUUACGAGAACCCACAUAAAGCCUUUACCUACCGGAUGCACGGUUACGAAUCUGUAGUUGCACCAAUCAAAGGUAUUUACCACCAGAGUCCAGGAAUUGCUAAAGCUCGUGGACACUCCAUGCUCAAUGCAGAUAGACCCAAUUUCGUCACAAUUUUAACACUAGUACGUGAUGCCACAGCAAGAUUACCCAAUGGCGAAGGCACUCGUGCAGAAAUUUGCGAAAUGCUCCGAUGUUCCCAGUAUAUAUCCACAGAAGCUGCUGAUAAUGUGUUACAAUCCGUAGUCUCCGGUGCUUUGGACAGAAUGCAUGCCGAGUACGACCCUUGUGUCAAGUACGACCCAAAACGUAAAAUCUGGAUUUAUUUACACAGAAACCGCACCGAAAGCGAGUUUGAGCGGGUGCACCAACAAAUACAAAGCAUGGGUAAACAUAAGAAGACACUUAACCGCAAACCAACAAAACCUAAAGCUGUUAAGCCAAAGAAUAACAAUAAAAUCACUGAAUCUCCAUCACAAAACGAGAGCAACAUCGAAAGCAAAUCGGAGUCUGAUAUAAGUGUCGAUCUUAACGUACAAAAUUCCAUACGUCCUGCCGUUGUUGAUAAAACUAAAAUCAUCAAACCUAUUUUGGAAAAACCGGUGAAAGUAUGCAAACCCUUGAUCCACCGCAAUCAAAUCUCGGUGCAGAAUGUGCAAGUUGAGACGUCCGAUGGUAAACAAACGAUACCCAUACAAAUAUCACAAAAUAAAACAUACACAUCCAUACUUAAUCCUAGUAAUAGAUCUAACUCGCCGACUAUUAAAAGUUCACCGAAGGUGAACGAUAUUUCUAGUAUGAGUAUUGAAACCACGACGACUACAGAAAAUACUGAUACUGUCAAUGUUGCUAUUAGUAUUGCACAAGGCACCAAAAAUAUCACGGUACAAAAACGUACGAGUUCACCCAUGGGCACCAAAGUAGCUUUGAAAAAUAUCAUCACGUCGCCGAUGCAAAGUCCGAAAGCCGGUAAAAGCUUGGUAAAAGUUACACCUGGAAAAUCCUUGAUAAACCCUAACAUCGUCAAUCAAAACCAGCAAGUACUUGUCAAUUUAAACACUAAACAAAACGUAAACCUAUCAAGUGAUCACAUUCUACUCAACAAAGCCAAUUUGGUUCCUAAAUCCAACGUACCAACAAUCACCCAACUACAGUCUUCCACUGCCCCAACAGGGUCCAUCAGGCCCAAACUGACACAAACCCAAAUAUCCCAAACCAAACCGGUGAUGACGGCAACUUUGACUAAUUCUCAAAAACAACAGCUGCUGCAGAAUAUUAUCUCGCAGCAGCAGAAACAGCAUUUGUUGCAGAAUAUUUUGCAUGCCCAGAAAUCCCAGCAGCAGCAGACUUCGACUGGGGUUUUGGCGAAACAGAUGACCCAGCAGGCUUCUUCGCAGCAUCAGCUGGUUACCCAGCAGCAGCUGCUGCAGACUUUGGCGAAUAAUCAGCAGAAGCAGCAGCAGAGCGGUGGUACAGAGGCUGGGCAGAAUAUCACGUAUGCUCCGCAGAUUUUGCAGGGGGUGCCUGGGCAGCAGAAAAUCAGCACUUUGACGCCUGUGCAGCAGCAGCAGAUUAUACAGUCGUUGAAGCAACAGCAGAUAAAGAAUCAGCAAACCGGGCAGUACCAAGUCCUGAUGAAGCAGCAGGCGAUGCAGCAGCUCCAGAAACAGCUGCAGCAAGCAAAUGCAAGUGGAGCAGCUGUUGUGACCAAAAAUGUGCCUAAUGUUUCGGUGGUGAGCGGAAAUUUGCAAAGGGGUUCUCCAAAAUCGCAAAAUAUCCAACAACCCAUCAUGACGAAAUUGUUGACGAAUGCUUCUGGACAAGUUAUUACCGUGGAAGGAUUAUUAGGGAAACAGUCUAAUAUCAUACAACAAGGUGGUCAAACGUUAAGAGUGACUCCCAAACAAGGUCAAAAUCAUUUAAUCCAAUUAGCCAGUGGCACGUCAAAUCAAGUCCAGCAGUUUGCCAUGGUGUCCCAAGGCAAUUUAAUUACAAUGAGCAACGCCAGAAUGGUCACAGCAUCCGUAGCGAAUACAUCAAGUCUUAAUUCCACCACGAGUAGUCCUAGGCUUGUAAAACCAGCCAUCACAACGACACCUCCUCGACAAAGUGGGCAGAAGCUGAUACAGCAACAAUUGAACCAGCAGCUGGUCAAUGCUAAGUUGUUGGGUAUCCAGAACGCUCAGGGUAAAAUCAUCACAUCUCCUGUCCAUAAACAAGGGAUCAUAAGACAAGGUGUUAAGGUGUCCGGUUCAGGGAACACUAUUAGGAUGGUUAAUACUGCUGGUUUGAACAUUGCGCACAUAGGUGGUAAACCGGUGAUCUUGGCCAGCAAAGGAAGUCAACUGCAAGGUCAAAAUGUGAUACUACAAACUGCAGCUCAAAGCGAAUCCAACAGCAACUUAGUUAUAAGCGGACAGACUCUAAAAGUCUGUCCUCCAAGCAACAUGAUCACCCAGGGCAACUUAAACAUCAUCAACACAAACCAGACGACCAACACGCAAACUGUCAUUCUAGGAGGACAGGUUAUAAAGGUGCAAAGUCCACAAACCCAACCGGGCACUGGUAACAUUAUUACCCAACCGGGCAGCGGUAAUAUCAUUACCCAACCGGGCAGUGGUAAUAUCAUUACCCAACCUCAAACAGUGAUGCUAAGUAGUGGACAGACAUUGAAAGUGCAAAAUCAACCUUCCCUGAAUCAGCAGCAGCAGGUUAUGUUAGGGCAGACGAUUAAGGUUCAGGGGUUGCAGAAUAAGACGCAGUCCGCGCUGCAGGGACAAAGGGUGGUUCUGACGAGUCAGGGGCAGAGUGGACAACUUUUGACGCAGCAGAUUUUGUUGCCGCCUGGUUUUCAAGGGGGAGCUAUUAAUAUUAAAACUUUGCAAGGAUUGAAGGUCAUACCGAUUGCACAGCAGGGGAAAGGGGCCCUUGGUGGUCGCCAGCAAGUGUUCGCCCGACUAAUAGCGCCUCCGACGCCUCCAAGACCGCCUCCUCCCGGAGGCGAUUAGAAUUCUCUCUACAAUUGUAAAUAAAAAGAAACUAACUAGGCUAAAUUGACUAAAAAUUACACCUAUACGUAAGAGAUAAUAAGAAAAACAAUAAUAAGUAAAAAAGGUUAGAGACAUUAUAAAUAUAUAUUUACCUAAUUUAUAAAUAAUGUAUAAAAUUGUGUAAAUAACAAAAACUUUAAACAAA